AUAAUGAAAUAUCAUGACAGUAGGGGUACAUGUUCAGUGUAAGGAUUUAUCUAUAUUACACGUUUUGCGCCAGAGCUAUGGAUAUUUUUUUCAGGAAAAAGAGGAUAUUCAAAACUCUUCUGAGCUUGUCUCUGUUUUUGGCGUCUGUAUUGAUGAUUCAAAAGUUAAAGCUUGUGGAUAACAACAACAAGGAUGACACGGAGGUGAAAAACUUCGGAGACAACGGCUGGUGUGGAACUGAUUGUGAUUUACAUAAAGGAAAAAACAUAUUGAAAAGCAGUUUGGGAAACUAUUCCGCGCCUGUUCUUGGUGAUGAUUCGGAUGCGCCAAGGGUGACCGUAUCUAACGCCACGAUGGCUACUUGGGAUGUGCACGUUAUGAACUGCAGUGAAGAUUCAACUGUGAGAAAACAUGAUUGGUUUCGACGUUUGGAUCCAAGGUUCCACCAGUUCGUGUUGCACAGACAUUGUCGAUAUUUUCCAAUGUUGAUAAACCACCCAGAUAAGUGCGCGAGUGGAGACGUACACUUGCUCAUGGUGGUGAAGUCCGUUAUAGAACAACAUGAUAGGCGAGAGGCCGUGCGUAAUACUUGGGGUAGAGAACAGACAAUUGAUGGUAAGAGAAUUAAAACGUUGUUCCUUCUAGGAAGACCGGCAAAUGGAAAAGACACGAAAAAUCUUCAAAAGUUGAUUGAGUAUGAGGACAUGAUAUACGGAGACAUUCUACAAUGGGAUUUUAUGGACACAUUUUUUAACCUCACAUUGAAAGAAGUGAAUUUUCUUAAAUGGUUUGAUAUUCACUGUUCCAGUGCCACGUUUAUAUUCAAAGGGGAUGACGACGUUUUCGUGAAUACAAAAAACUUGCUGGAACUUAUUGGUUUCAAAACUGAUGACCGCGAAGUGCUCAACUUAUUCGUUGGGGACACCAUCUCCAAAGCUAUACCCAUCAGAAAUCGUCAAAGUAAAUACUACAUCCCCAAAGACCUGUUUGACAAACCGUACCCUCCUUAUGUUGGUGGUGGUGGGUUUUUAAUGUCCUCACAAUUAGCUCGGAGGCUGUUCGUGGUUUCAGAGGAUUUGGAGCUCUAUCCCAUUGAUGAUGUGUUUUUGGGAAUGUGCCUCCAGAAGCUGCACUUGGCUCCUGAGAUGCAUCCAGGUUUCCGGACAUUUGGCAUCAUGAAACGCAGAGUGAGCCCCAUGAACAGCGAACCGUGCUUUUUCAAAAACCUAAUCGUAGUACAUAAACUCAGUCCUCAGGACCUAAUCAAGAUGUGGAGUAUAGUGGAAAAUAAAGAGCUUGUUUGCGCCAAAAGGAGUGCCACAUAAUCGUCAAACUAAUACUCAGCGGGAGUCAAAGGUUAUGCACAAAAUGUAUUGUCAAAUGUUAUAUCUGGAUACUGGC